UAUAUAAAAUUUCAGUCAUGGAGGAGUGCUGCCCCUGUCCUAUCCCUUCUCCUUGUAUACCAACCACCCCAAGUUUUGCAAAUGCUCUUGCAUAUCCAUGUUAUUAUAUACCAUAUUCUUUUCCGGCACCACCAUGCAAACUGGAAAUACCCCUGGUGCCUUGUGCCCCUCCUUGUAAUCCCUGUCCCUGUCCCCCUCGAUUAGUGAACUGAAGAAAAUAUUUGUAUAGAUGUGUUACUGAUGUAUUCU